CGUUUUUAGCCCCCCCCCUCCCUCCCACCCCGGUAGCUUUGUUUGCUUAGCAUCUCCCUGGCACUGCAGAGCUCAGGGGCUGCCUGGCGAUCCCUUCCCCGAGAGAGUCUGUUUGAAGUGGGCGGUGGGGGAAGCCCGGAGGAUGCAAGAUGUUUGACUUCUUGAUUUCUCUCCCUCUCUCUCUCGGCUCCGGCUCGGGGAGGGGGGAGCCGAGGAGGCGAGCCCCAGCGCCUGAGGAGCACGGGGGUGUUGGGAAGAGGCUGCAGAUCCUUGACGGGGGCAUCUGAAAGGGAAAUCGCCUGCUCGGAGCUGCCGCCGCAGCCGCCUCCGGCCGCCGGGCUGUGCGCGGUCGAGGAGCUGGACCCGCUAUGCCCCCGGCCCCUUUGAGAGAGACCGAGGCAGAGCUCGUGGCAAAAUGUUCCUGACCUGCGACGGGACCUUGGGGAUUGUUCCAGCCGCCAUGGAUUACAAUGGGGACGCCAGGCCCGGGGAUUUCCACGCCGGCUACCAAGAGAUCGAAGGGAUCAACCUGGGAUACUUACAGAUCAACGGCACCCAGAUGUUUGCUCUGGCUCAGGUCCUCAGCGACCUGUUUAAGGAUAUCCCCCGCACCACCAUCAGCAAGAAGAUGGAGACGCUCAAGAUCAAGAGCCGGCGCUGCGACCUCCAGGAGCUCCGCACCCUCAAAGCCAUCCACUCCGUGCCCACCCGCGCCGUGAAAUGCUCGCUCAUCUCCAAGGCGGACCUGGAGGCUCUGUGCACCUCUUGCAAGAGCCUCGGCCCCGGCCGGAGGAAGAGGAAGAGCAAGCGGAGGGAGCAGCUGCUGCUGCCGGGCCCGGGGGAGCUCUUCCAGUGCCCCCGGCCGCCGCUGCUGGCCGCCUGCUGCGGGCCGGAGCCCGGCAUCCGCUCCAAGCUGGCGCCCGACUUCGCCAAGGCCCCGGGCGGGCUCCUGGCCGAGCCCUUCUUCCCCAGCAAGAAGGGCUACAGCCUGGAGGGCCCCGGGGGGCUCUUCGCGGGCGUGCUGAGCGCCUACCCCCGCGACCUGCAGCUGCUGCGCCCGGCGGCNNNGGCGCCGCACGCCGAGCCGGGCCGGCGCCGGAGGGGCCCGUGCUGCGCCAAGGGGCUCUUCGCGGAGGACAAGGGCCCGGAGGCGGCCCGGAGAGGCCGAUCCUCCGCCGCCUUCCCCGGCUGCAAGCGGCAGGGCACGUCGGCCGGCUACUCCAGCGACUCGGACUCCAGCCUGGACCUGGGCGGCUCCAGCCCCGGCAGCUCCAGCGACUCCUCGGAGGAGGAGGAGGAAGAGGAGGAGGAGGAGGACACGUCGUGCAGCAGCGAGGAGGGCAGCUCCUCGGAGUCGGAGAGCAGCUCUCUGUGCAGCGGCGACUCGGUGCAGAGCACCCGCUACCGGCAGGCGGCCCUGCCCCGCUUCCAGCCGGCGCGGGAGCCCGGCCCCGAGGAGCCCCGCGCCCCGGAGCCACCCCCCAAGGCGCUGCGGCCCGAUCCCAACCUCCUGCUCCUCUCGCAGCAGCUGUGGGCCCGCACCUUGCGAGCCUCCACUUUGGAGAGUUGGAGGCCGGAGCCGGGCGCCAAGCGGGAGGCGGCGCACUGCCGGCCGCCCCCCGGUCGCCAGGCCUUCAGCCUCCUGGGCAACUUCCCCUGCGUGCCCUCGCUGGUGGUGGGCGAGGACGGGGACCUGCGGCCCGCCGCCUCCCUGGGCGGCAAGGACUCCUGGGCCCUCUCCAAGAUCCACCCGCUGUGGAGCUGGCAGCUGGGGGGCAACGCCAUGCCCGUGCCCCCCAGCCUCAAAUUCCGGGGGUACAGCCUGGAGGACUUCUGAGCCACCCCCUCUCAGCUCCUACCCCCCUUGGGCGAGCUGCUCCUGGUUUACAUGCAACAGUUGGGAGAAGA